GGGAAAGAGCUGCUCACUGGUGGUUGUCCGAGUGGCCACUAGGCUGUGCUGCUGUCCCAGGGAGUGGCCACUAGGUGGUGCUGCUGUCCGAGGAGGUGGCCACUAGGCUGUGCUGCUGCCCCAGGGAGCAGCCACUAGGUGGUGCUGCGGUCCCAGGAGGCUCUCCUGACUCUUCCUCGUGAAUGUGAGUUAGCUGUGAGUUGACUCACUCCCUAAGUGGUUUCCCUCGUUAACAGCUUUUGUCAUCCUGGAUAUAAACUGUUCGUGGUUUCUGAAAACUCCGAGAGGGGAAGACCCAACUCACUGGUGCAGGUCACGGACUUAGACCCAACGUGGGCUCAUGUCUGGCUCUGCCCCAUGCUCCCCGCACGGCUUCUGGGGAGUGAACUCUCCAAGUGGCAGUUUCUGCAUCUGUGAUGUAGAGAUGAUAGUAGUACCUGGUGAUUAGAGUGGUUUGAGGAUUGAGGAUUGAGUGGAUGUGCAGAGCGUGGUAUGGCGUCUGGCAGAUGGAAGUGUCCAGUAGGGGUGGUUUUACCACUAAAUCCAGCGUUCCCCCAGGUAACUGUUCUCCCGUAACCCUGGGGUUGCUGGAUUGAAGAGGGGGUUGGGACAGGGGAAAAUUCUGGACUUUCUGGGUCACAUGGCUUUCGUUGUCCUAGCACUAAAAAGGGUGCUGUGCUGUAGGAAAACUGGGCAGAUGCUGCUGGCCUUAUAGAGAAGUCACCAGACCACUUUUAUGAGCCCUGCAAGAGCAGCCGCAAUCACUCGCUUUUCACACAACUUGGAUGUAUGGGGGUGAGAAGGAUAGGUGACUUUUGCUUUUCAUUUUAUUUUCUAAUUAUAGAAAGACACUGUCCUCGUUGUAAAGCAAUAAGAAAAAUCAAACAAUCAAACAUUGCCAAACUAUAGAAAGCAAAACUUCUCACCCUAACACUCCACCAGACACAUACCGCUUUGCUCUUUGCUUUAUUUUCCAAGUUACUGGUGUAUCUUAGAUUUCCAUAUUGUCCGUUCCUUGUUUGGUUCAAGAGCUGCAUCUUAGCGGCCUGUAACUUAUUUGACGUGCCCACGGGCGUUUAGGUGGUUUCCGGAUUUUCGCUAUUACGAGCAGCCCUUUCACGAGUGCACCUGUUGCCUGUUGGGUUUGCUGACCUAAGUGACAGAAGGCCCGAGAGACUGAGAUUACUUGUAGACUCCUGGGUUUAUUAUAAAAGGAUACCACAGAAAGCUGGCCACACAGUGAGGGGGUAGUAGAAAAAUCCCAGGCGAAUAAUAGAGGCACCUCCGCCGCCUGGCUGGUGGCCCCACCACCCACAGAGUCAUGUCAUGGAGGCCCUGGAAAAGUCCCCGCUGGGGAAGGAUGGGAGCAUGUGGCUCUCCCAGUUCGAGUGCAGCCCAAAGCCCCGACAUCCCAUAUCUGAAGCCGCCAGCAUAGGCGUCUGCCCCUCUGGUGGCCCAGCAGCCACUAACCAGUCACAGCGGAGCUGACAGUCCCUUCUCCAGCCAGUUCCUUUGUCCCCAGCCAACCACAGCAGGCUCGACAGGAUGAAAAGAAGUGCCUCGCCUGGCUGCUUGUCACAGGUGUAGAUUCUGGGUGGGUAGGUUGUAGACUGUUCAAAGAACAGAACAUCGUGUAGCUGAAAGGCAGAGAAGGAAGGUGCUAACACACAUGCCUCGGGGUGGCUCACCCUGCGUGCGGAUGAGGGAACGAGGCUGGACACCAGCAGCCAGCUUCCCGCAUUAUUUGCUCUCUAAUAACUAUGUAAAUUCCAUCAUUGUCCAUAAGUUUGACUUUUCCGAUGAAGAGAUUAUGGCAUAUUACAUAUCGUUCCUGAAAACGCUUUCGUUAAAACUCAACAACCACACUGUGCAUUUCUUUUACAAUGAGCACACUAACGACUUCGCCCUGUACACAGAAGCCAUCAAAUUUUUCAAUCACCCUGAAAGCAUGGUUAGAAUUGCUGUAAGAACCAUAACUUUAAAUGUCUACAAAGUGUCAUUGGAUAACCAGGCCAUGCUGCACUAUAUCAGAGACAAGACCGCUGUCCCUUACUUUUCCAAUCUGGUCUGGUUCAUUGGGAGCCACGUGAUCGAACUCGAUAACUGUGUGCAGACAGAUGAGGAGCACCGGAAUCGGGGGAAGCUGAGUGACCUGGUGGCCGAGCACCUGGACCACCUGCACUAUCUCAACGACAUCCUGAUCAUCAACUGCGAGUUCCUCAACGAUGUGCUCACGGACCACCUGCUCAACAGACUCUUCCUGCCCCUCUACGUCUACUCCCUGGAGAACCAGGACAAGGGAGGAGAACGGCCAAAAAUCAGCCUGCCCGUUUCCCUGUACCUUCUGUCACAGGUCUUCCUAAUUAUACACCACGCACCCCUGGUGAACUCGUUAGCUGAAGUCAUCCUGAAUGGCGAUCUGUCUGAGACGUACGCUAAGCCCGAACAGGAUGUUCAGAGAAGCUGUGCCAAGCCCAGCAUCCGGUGCUUCAUCAAACCCACUGAGACGCUAGAGCGGUCCCUUGAGAUGAACAAGCACAAGGGCAAGCGGCGGGUGCAAAAGAGACCCAACUACAAAAAUGUUGGGGAGGAGGAAGACGAGGAGAAAGGGCCCGCCGAGGAUGCCCAGGAAGACGCCGAGAAGGCUAAAGGUACAGAGGGUGGUUCCAAAGGCACCAAGACCAGUGGGGAGAAUGAAGAGAUAGAGAUGGUGAUCAUGGAGCGCAGCAAGCUCCCAGAGCUGGCGGCUGGCACCUCGGUGCAGGAGCAGAACACCACGGACGAGGAGAAGAGCGCCGCCACCGGCCUGGAGAGUGCCCAGUGGAGCAGACCCUUCCUGGAUAUGGUGUACCAUGCCCUGGACAGUCCGGACGACGACUACCACGCGCUGUUUGUGCUCUGCCUGUUGUACGCCAUGUCUCACAACAAAGGCAUGGAUCCUGAGAAGCUGGAGCGGAUCCAGCUCCCAGUGCCCAGCGCAGCCGAGAAGACCGCCUACAACCACCUUCUGGCCGAGAGGCUUAUCAGGAUCAUGAACAGCGCCGCGCAGCCAGAUGGGAAGAUCCGGCUGGCCACGCUGGAGCUGAGCUGCCUGCUGCUGAAGCAGCAAGUCGUCACCAGCACGGGCUGCAUCAUCAAGGACGUGCACCUGGCCUGCUUGGAGGGCGCCAGAGAAGAAAGUGUUCACCUGGUGCGGCACUUUUAUAAGGGAGAAGAAAUCUUCUUGGACAUGUUCGAAGAUGAGUACAGGAGCAUGACGAUGAAGCCCAUGAACGUGGAAUAUCUCAUGAUGGACGCCUCCAUCCUGCUGCCCCCAACGGGCACGCCGCUGACCGGCAUCGACUUUGUGAAGCGGCUGCCUUGCGGGGAUGUGGAGAAAACGCGGCGGGAUAAGUUCCCAGAAGUGGAAUGUCUGGUUCAAAGGGCCAUCCGGGUGUUCUUCAUGCUCCGCUCCCUGUCACUGCAACUUCGAGGGGAGCCCGAGACCCAGCUGCCGCUGACCCGAGAGGAAGACCUGAUCAAAACGGACGACGUCCUGGAUCUGAACAACAGCGACCUGAUCGCCUGCACGGUGAUCACCAAGGACGGCGGCAUGCUCCAGCGGUUCCUGGCCGUCGACAUUUACCAGAUGAGUCUGGUGGAGCCCGACGUGUCCCGGCUGGGCUGGGGAGUGGUCAAGUUUGCCGGCCUUCUGCAGGACAUGCAGGUGACCGGCGUGGAGGACGACAGCCGCGCCCUGAACAUCACCAUCCACAAGCCCGCGUCCAGCCCCCACUCCAAGCCCUUCCCCAUCCUCCAGGCCACCUUCAUCUUCUCGGACCACAUCCGCUGCAUCAUCGCCAAGCAGCGCCUGGCCAAGGGCCGCAUCCAGGCGAGGCGCAUGAAGAUGCAGAGGAUAGCUGCCCUGCUGGACCUCCCGAUCCAGCCGACCACCGAGGUCCUGGGGUUUGGUCUCGGCUCCUCCUCCAGCCAGCACCUGCCUUUCCGCUUCUAUGACCAGUGCCGCCGAGGCAGCAGCGACCCCACCGUACAGCGCUCCGUGUUCGCCUCCGUGGACAAGGUGCCAGGCUUCGCUGUGGCCCAGUGCAUAAACCAGCACAGCUCGUCCUCCCUGUCCUCGCCGUCACCUUCUGCCAGUGGGAGCCCCAGCGGCAGCGGGAGUACCAGCCACUGCGACUCAGGGGGUGCCAGCUCGUCGUCCACCCCCUCUGCUGCCCAGAGCCCGGCAGAUGAACUCCCGACUGCAGAACAGCCUCAGCCUAACCUUCCCGACCAGUUGGUGAUCGUCAGUGAAACAGAAGCAGACACCAGGCCCAGCAAGAGCCUGGCGAAGAGUGCGGACGCAGAGCCAGUCAGCCUGUCCCCCAGCCUCAUCCCCGCCCAGCAGCCCACCAUCUCCCUGCUCUGCGAGGACACUGCCGACACGCUGAGUGUGGAGUCGCUGACCCUCGUCCCACCCGUCGACCCCUGCAGCCUCCGCACCCUCGCUGGCAUCCCCCCGCCACCCACACCAGCCGUGGCAGACACAGGGGCCCCAGGCGAGGGGACCGCGCCCCAGGAGCCAGCGGGCCCGGCCGAGCACUGAGCUGGCCUCCCUCUGUGUGUGGGCCCCGCUGGCAGGGACCCAGUGCAGCCGACGUGAGGGUUCUGCGCAGACCCAGUAAACUGGCUCCUGCCAUCCUUGCCCCUUCGCCUCUUAGAAUCCCCCUGUCACUUCGCACCUCUUUGAGCGCAGGCUGGGGCCUGCAGAGACUCCCCUGGAGAACCCAGGUGGCCGAGGCGGCUGCCUCGGGGAAGAAGUUGGGCUCCUGGCCUCAGAGCCCUCGGCCCGGGGUGGCAGGACCCACCAGCAACACCCAGCACUCGCGUCGUCGGCCAGCCCCUCCCCAGCCUCGGAGGCCCUCUGCCGCCACCCCCAGUGUGUCCAGAAGAGCGGACAUGGUCACUUUGUAGAAAUGUGUAGAAAAGCAAACUUCGAUAAACAUCUCCUUUGGAUAUUUAUUCCUGCUUUUGGCAGCAGAUGAAAAGCAUCUAUGUAAAAAGCAUCUAUUUAAAAACAAAAGUUCAAAAAAAAAAAUCCUCCACCCUAAGGUUUGAUGUCGUGUUAAAAGCGUAAUAUUACCGUUCCGGUCGCAUUUUCAUUUUCCCUUGACCUUCCCAGGGUUCGGGUUUCAAGUUCGCGGUUGGGCUUUCUCCGUUUUCUUCAGGGAGUCUUAUUUCUUAAUUACUCUCUAAAUCUGCAAGCCUGCAGAACGACAAAAGUCCCUUCCUGGAAAGUUUAGAGUAUUUCUUAAACAAAAACACAGGAGAGACACGUAUUCUCAGGUACACCCAGAGCCAAGGGGCCGAAAGUUUCUCUGCCUUGGUAGCCCCCGGGGGGGCUGGCGUUACCUAAAAGGUCUUUCCACGAAAGGGGACAGUGCCGUCACCUCCCCGCCCAGGACCGGUCCUCAUCUCUCUGGACUAAAACCAAACAGGACGGUUUUCCAGCCUCACCUUGGCUUGUUACCACAAGUUUGUCUAAGGAAGGACCACUUGGGCCUGGGCAGAUUCCAGCCCCGGUGGCCAUGAUGGAAAAACAAAGUCAUGGAAACCACCUUCCGCGUAUGUCACCUGCCGCUCGACUGUGUGGGUGCCUGCGUGCCGGGAACCCCAAGAACCAGGCCCGCCCCCCGCCCCCGCCAACAGCCAGGGUGUGAUACCCAAGCUCACAGCGUCGCCCUGGGAGCUUGGAGGUCGGCCCCCUUCCUCUCCGCCACUACUGUGAAGAUGCAAGCUCGUUUUUUUAGCGCAAAGCCCCAGUUCCUGCUCCAUGUGGGGCUGGGUGUGUGCAGGCCAGUUCGCCACUGAAUCCGGUAAAGCUCCAAAGACGUCCUUUCUACCCAGCCAGGCACAGCCAAGCAGCCCUCCCUUCCCGGGCCAGUGCCCAGAUCUUCCACACCUUGCCCCCCGACGUCCCACAGGCGUGUCAACACCCACUGUGUCAGUCCGCUGGGCCGGGCCGGCCCAGGCCAGACGUCCACCUCCCGAAGGAAGCACGCAGGCCGCACAGGGGAGGGGAUGGUGCCAGCAAGGAUGGGUCUCCAGCCUUCAGAGGCCCUCCGGGAGCUGUGCCUGGCCAGGGACCCUGUCAAGGGAGGCCAAGCCGUGGCCUUCCUUCAUCGAGGGCGCUGGGGAAAGACAGGCAGCCGGGGACGGAGCAGGGGAGAAGGGACGCGUAGUCAGGGAUGGCGGUCCCACACCCCUCGGCAGCCUCUGGUUCUGCUUGGACACGGGUGGGCUAGCCACUCACUCCUGGUUCUGAACCGACUCUGGAGCAGCAGACGUGAGAGGAGGCCGGCAGCGCCAUUGGUGCAGGCGGACGCUCCCCCGGACCACCCACCUGCUGUCCGAAAUCCAGGGGCUUCGUGGCUGCUGAGCUCUACGGGAGAAAGGUCUCAGGCGGGGGGGACGGCACCCCCAGGAGGGCCCAAGGCAGCGUCACCCCGGCCGGGAGAGCUGAAGGCAGCCGAGCCCCCGUGGGCUGCUGCCUCGGAGGUGCCAGUCGAGCCAAGCGCCUGCCCCACCUCAGGCCAAGAGCGGGCCUCUCCCAGCUGGCAGCGAGGUCUCGGCUCUGUCGUCAGGAGCACCCUGAACACCUAACAGCGGGGGCACGUUCCGAGGGGCCUGGCUGGCCUGUGUGCGUGGCGUCUCAGGUUGGGCAGAGGAGUCGAGCCGGGAUCACGGGUCCCAAACUUGGAUCUCUGGGGUCAGUCUCGGUAGGCCCGUCCAGCCCGUCACCUCCACGGCCCUGCAGAGACCCUCCCGAAGUCCACAUCAGGUGCCUGGGGGUUGGCCACACGAACCCCUAAGCGUCAGCUUUGACGUUGCUGUGGGGACUCAAGCCAAUCAGGAUGCCCCUCCCUCAAAGUCAGGCUGAGGCCGGGAACCCCCAAGGAGGGUCUUCCUGCCCCAGCAGGCCCUCAACGCCACCCUCCCCGCGUCGGGCCUGCCCUGCUCGGUGCUCCCUGCAGAAGGCAGCCCCACUGAAGCACCUGCGCUGCAGGCGGCCGGGGGCGAGCCAAGAAACCCACCUCUGUAGAGACACACUAGAUUUCUCCAAGGUCUCAAGAGGCACCGUCAAGAGGGGCACGGAGUGAGCUGAUUCUCAUCUUUUCUAGAUGCAAUAACUAUGUAAUGGUUAACGUAGCCAGGAUGACAUUGAGCAUCUGCUGUGAGGGUUUCUCAUUCCUCUGAGCUGAAAAUACGUACAUGAUUCUUGUCCCCAGGAGGAGCAGGGUUGGGAAACCUCGUGUUUCUGGGCUGCAGGACCGUUGCAGGGAAGUACCUGCUCUCGCCAGCAUGACUCAUGCUUCGUGGGUACUGAACACGAGGGUGGAAAUGAAAACUGGAACUUCCUUGUAAAUUUGAACUUGGCAAUAAAAGAGAAAACGUUACCGAGAA